CAAAACCAAAACAAAGACCUUAGAUUUUGGAAGUGACUCCGUUUUCCGUUCCUCUUUCACCUGUCUGUCUGUAACACAGAAACAAGUAGCUGCUGUGACAAUCAUCAUUUUCAACAAUUAAGGUUAUUCAACCUUCAACCUUAAACCAUGCUUGCAAGAAUUGAAGUUCUAUUAAUUGUUUUUCACAAUGCAUGAUUUGGGUUGACCUCAAAAUAAGCAAAGAUUACAUCUUUGUUUCAAACAAACAUCAUCAUUUGAACAAAUGUAUUGGGUUCAAACUCAAAUCUGUCAUAGCAGUCAUGUUGCUAUUUACACCCCCACUAUAAUUUCCAAAUCUUCUUGUUGUUGGUGUUGUUCUAGUGAUUAGAAUGAACCAUUUAGUUAUUUUCAUCAUAGUGAUUCUAGCUAUUGUGUUUUUCAUUUCUGGUAUCCUUCAACUGUUUGUUAGAUUUCUCAUAAGAAAAAGAUCUUCUUUAUCAAAUUCUCAAUCCAAUAAUAACUACCCUCAAAUGUCUGAACCUGAUCCUUAUCAAAGACAAUUGCAACAACUCUUCAAUCUUCAUGAUUCAGGUUUAGAUCAAGCUUUCAUUGAUGCUUUACCAGUUUUCCUUUACAAAGAGAUAAUAGGUUUGAAGGAACCAUUUGAUUGUGCUGUUUGUCUUUGUCAAUUCACAGAACAAGACAUGUUGAGAUUGUUGCCUCUUUGUAAUCAUGCUUUUCAUAUUGAUUGUAUCGACACGUGGCUUCUUUCGAAUUCAACUUGUCCUCUUUGUAGAGGGAGUCUUUAUGAACAUGGAUUUGCCUUUGAAAAUCCUGUGUAUGAUUUUGAGAGUUUAAGGGAAGAAGAUAGGGUUUUUGAUAGUGUUGUUUGUGAUGCUGCUUCUGUUAACAAGCAUGCAGAAAAUCAUAUAAUGAGUGGGAAAAGGGUUUUUUCUGUUAGGCUUGGGAAAUUUAGAAGCUCAAAUAAUGGAGAGGGGGGUGUGGAAAGAAAUGAAGGAGAAUGUAGUAGUACAACUAAAAGUAUUGUUGAUGAUGUAAGGAGAUGCUAUUCAAUGGGUUCUUACCAAUAUGUUGUUGCUGAUUCAGAUUUGGUAGUGGCUUUGUGCCCUAAUAAAGGUGAGGGAGGAGGAAAUAGUGCUAGUAUGAGACAAUUGAAGGGAGGGUUUGGUCAAAAUGGGAAUUGUUCCAUUGUUGGUGGAGAUGUUGAGGGGAAAAAAAUGAAUGUUGCUAGGAAAGGUGAAAGUUUUUCUAUAUCAAAGAUUUGGCUUUGGUCUAGGAAGGAUAAGGUAUCAAGUUCAUCACACUCUCAUAUGGUUAAUUCUAAUCUCACUUCAACUUUGCCAUGGAUGAAUAGAGAGAUGAAGGAAGCAACUUAGUAUUUUGUAUUUUAGAUAACUUUCAAAUUUUCAAUGAGUUCAUUCUAUGAACUCAUUUUCUUUCUUUCUUUUUCAUACUAUUCUGAUUUUACUCUUUUAUUGGUUAUACUUGUAAAUUAUGCUAUAUACAUUUAAUUAAGCUAUAUGUCCUUUGAAUGAGAAUUGAUCUUGUGUGCAUGGAAA